GGCACGCACAAGCGCACAGCCACGGUGAGCAGAGAAGAAACGCAUCCACAGAAGGGACAAACGUCCGGAGCGGAUUCCACAUUCCAGUCUCGGUCUCGGUCCAUGGGCGCGGGAAAGGGAGGAGACGGCGGCGAGGCGGCGCCCGAGGCCGCGCAGCCCGUCGUGCUGAAGAUGAAACUGCAUUGCGCCGGCUGCGCGCACAAGGUCAAGAAGGCCAUCAAGCGCGUUCCCGGUGUGGACUCCAUCGUCACAGACGUCGCGGCGAACACGGUCGUCGUGGUGGGGACGGCCGACGCGGGCGCGCUCAAGGCGCGGCUCGAGGCCAAGACCAACAAGCCCGUGGAGAUCGUCUCCGCCGGCGGCGCCCCCAAGAAGCCUCCCGCCGCGGAGCCCAAGCAGGACGCCGGCGCCGGCGUCGGUGAGAAGAAGGGGGUCAAAAGCGCGAGCCCCAACGAGGAGGAGAAAGAGAAGGGGAAGAAGCAACAGGCGGAGGAGAAAGAGAGAGAGAAAGAGAAGGGGAAGAAGCAGCAGGUGGAGUCGGUGCUGCUCAAGAUCCGCCUGCACUGCGACGGCUGCGCCGACCGCAUCAGGCGACGCAUCGGCAAGAUCAAAGGCGUCAAGGAUGUGGUGCUGGAGGCCAAUGCCAAGGACGAGGUGGAGGUCACGGGCACCAUGGACAUACCGAACAUGGUCUCCUACCUCAAGGAGAAGCUCAACCGCGACGUGGAGGCCGUGGCGCUGCCCGUAAGGAAAGAGGGCGGCGGCAGCGAGGGCGAGGGUGAGGGCAAGGACGACAAGAAGCACAGCGGCGGCGGCGGCGGCAAGGACAAGGUCGCCGCCGGGGCAGCCGGCGACGACAGGAUGGACAAGGGCAAAGGGAUCGAGGCGUCGGCGGCGGGUCCGUCAACGGCGGCCGCCGCAGCGUACAUGUCUGCGCCGGCGGGGGCGAGCACGUACCACGUGGCUCCGCCGCACGGGUACGUUGCGUAUGAGCAGGCCCCGCCUCCCGCUAGCUACUAUCCCUACCCGUACUACGGCUACGGCAGUGGCGAUGGCAUGGGCCACGCCAACCCCUCCUACUACCAGCCGCAGCCGCAGCCGCAGCCCGACGGGAACCAGCAGCCGCAGGUGGCGUACCCGCCAUACCCGUACCAAUUCGACAUGGCGCCGGCGCCGCAGCUCUUCAGCGACGAGAACCCCAACGCUUGCUCCGUGAUGUGACGCCGCCGCCGGUGCGUGUCCUUGUUGCGUUCCGUCGGCGAGCUCACUGAUCCGCCGUCAGCUUUAACCUUAGCCAUCCGGCCGAGAAAGAAGAACUCGACCUGUACAUAUCGUCAAUGAGGAAUCAGCCUUAGUCCAGAGCCC